CAGCACGAAUUGGCAGUCGGCAUGGCUGAUCGUGCGGCUGUGGAGGAGCUGGUGCGACUUCAAGGAGAGCGCGUGCGGGCCCUCAAGCAGCAGAAGGCCAGCGCUGAGCAGAUCGAGGAGGAGGUGGCAAAACUCCUGAAACUGAAGGCACAACUGGGCCCUGAUGAAGGGAAACUGAAGUUUGUGCUCAAAACCCCCAAGGGCACAAGAGAUUACAGUCCCCGGCAGAUGGCAGUUCGGGAGAAGGUAUUUGCUGUAAUUAUCAACUGCUUUAAGCGCCAUGGUGCAGAAGUAAUUGAUACACCUGUGUUUGAACUAAAGGAAACACUGACUGGAAAGUAUGGGGAAGACUCUAAACUUAUCUAUGACUUGAAGGACCAGGGUGGAGAACUGCUUUCCCUUCGCUAUGACCUCACUGUUCCUUUUGCUCGAUAUUUGGCAAUGAAUAAGCUGACCAACAUUAAACGCUACCACAUAGCAAAAGUGUAUCGGCGGGAUAACCCAGCCAUGACCCGUGGCCGAUACCGGGAAUUCUACCAGUGUGAUUUUGACAUUGCUGGGCAAUUUGACCCCAUGAUUCCUGAUGCAGAAUGCCUAAAAAUCAUGUGUGAGAUUCUGAGUUCACUUCAGCUAGGAGACUUCCUGAUCAAGGUGAAUGACCGGCGCAUCCUAGAUGGAUUGUUUGCCAUCUGUGGUGUUCCUGAUAGCAAGUUCCGCACUAUCUGCUCCUCCGUGGACAAACUGGACAAGGUGUCCUGGGAAGAAGUGAAGAAUGAGAUGGUGGGAGAGAAGGGCCUUGCACCUGAGGUGGCUGAUCGCAUUGGGGAGUACGUCCUGCAGCAUGGUGGGGUAUCUCUGGUGGAGCAGCUACUCCAGGAUCCUAAACUGUCCCAGAACAAACAGGCCUUGGAGGGCCUGGGAGACUUGAAGCUGCUCUUUGAAUACCUGACCCUAUUUGGCAUUGCUAACAAAAUCUCCUUUGACUUGAGCCUUGCUCGAGGGCUGGACUACUAUACUGGAGUGAUCUAUGAAGCAGUAUUGCUACAGACCCCAGCCAGAGCAGGGGAAGAGCCCCUGGGUGUGGGCAGUGUGGCUGCUGGUGGGCGCUACGAUGGGCUGGUGGGCAUGUUCGACCCCAAAGGGCGCAAGGUGCCAUGUGUGGGGCUCAGCAUUGGGGUGGAGCGGAUCUUCUCCAUUGUGGAGCAGAGGCUGGAGGCUUUGGAGGAGAAGGUACGGACCACAGAGACACAAGUACUUGUGGCAUCUGCACAGAAAAAACUGCUGGAGGAAAGACUGAAACUUGUCUCAGAGCUAUGGGAUGCCGGCAUCAAGGCAGAACUGCUUUACAAGAAGAACCCAAAGUUACUGAACCAGUUGCAGUACUGUGAGGAAGCAGGCAUCCCACUCGUGGCCAUCAUUGGAGAGCAAGAACUCAAGGAUGGGGUCAUCAAGCUACGUUCAGUGGCUAACAGGGAAGAGGUGGAUGUCAGAAGAGAAGAUCUUGUGGAGGAAAUCAAAAAGAGAACAAGCCAGCCCCACUGCAUCUGCUGAACUGAAGGGACUAUCAGAGCAAAAUGAGACUAGUACUAUUUGAGUCUGAGGCAAAACUCUGCAUUUGCACUUCCAACAGUUUUGCAUAGUUCUCUUCUGGCAGGAAGACCUAAAGAAUGGCCAGAGCAGAGAUUUUUCAUUACAAGUAUUUUAUUGGUAAUCACUGGCUAAAUGGCCAGGU